AUGCGUAGAAGAAUCAACUCAGAUUCAGAAAGUUCAAUAACCAACGUUAUUGUUGAAGAGCAAGAACCAGAACUUUAUAAGGAUAAAGCACCACCAGUGACAAAUAUCGCGAAUAAGAUUUUUAGAAAUUUUAUUAAAAGUGAAAGUCCAACUAUUACGAGCACCACUAAUUAUCCAGGCAAAGAAAACUAUUUUGAGGAACAAACAAGUGAACCAGAAAUUGAAUUCAUCAUGACUGCACGUGAUAGGACCGUCGAGUUUGCAAAUACAAUCCGAAGUCUUCAAGGUCGGAAUAUUAAUCGAGCUGUCAACUUGAAAGAUCCAAAGAAAGUUAAACAAAUACAGAAUUACUCGGAAUUCAUGAUGAUUGCAAAAACAAUUGGACGAAACAUUGCUAGCACUUAUGCAAAAUUAGAGAAAUUAACUCUACUUGCAAAACGUAAAUCAUUGUUUGACGAUCGACCAGCUGAAAUCCAAGAGCUCACAUAUAUUAUUAAAGGUGAUCUGAAUUCACUCAAUCAACAGAUUGGAAGACUACAAGAAAUUUCUAAAUCUCAACGAAAAACCAGCGGAAAACAUUUGUUGUCGCAUUCCAGUAACAUGGUCAUGGCCUUACAAACAAGACUUGCCAAUAUGAGUUCAAAUUUUCAGCAGGUGCUUGAAGUCAGAACUGAGAAUUUGAAGCAACAGAAAAGCAGAAGAGAACAGUUUUCGCAAGCUCCAGUGGCAACUACUCUUCCCCCGACACGAUCGAAUCAUGGCAGUCUAUUGAUGAGCGAACAGGAUGACCAAGUCAGCAUUGAUAUGGGCUCAGCAUCGUCACCUUUAAUCCCUAAAAAUCAAUUUCAACAACAGCAAAUGCUUCUUUAUGACGAGUCAGAUCAAUACGUGCAACAGCGAGCUGAAACGAUGCAAAAUAUAGAAAGUACGAUUGUUGAACUAGGUGGAAUCUUCCAGCAAUUAGCACAUAUGGUGAAAGAGCAAGAAGAAAUGGUGGAAAGAAUUGACACAAACAUUCAAGACGUCGAACUCAAUGUGGAAGCAGCCCAUGGUGAAAUUCUAAAAUAUUUCCAAUCUGUCUCAAAAAAUCGAUGGCUGAUGAUAAAAAUCUUUGGUGUUCUCAUAAUGUUCUUUAUCUUCUUUGUUCUCUUUGUUGCAUAA